CAAUUCAACGUUGGCUCCGUUGCGUCGAUCACACCACGUCAGCGAAGAUCUCGCGCUGCCGUCGCAUUCUACAUCCUGCCGACCCCGCUGAACGCCACCUUCGUCAGGUUAUCUAUAGUGCUGCUUGGUCCAAGUCCAGAUGCAGGCCUCCUCCCACACGAACGAUGAAAACAGCCAAGCUGUGAAGUCACGACCACGGGCCUACAAGCCCCUUGGUGAUCGCGGCGCCGUCAAGCAUGGCGAGCGAAUUUCCACAUUUAACAGCAUUCUGAAACCUCAGAACAGCUUCAAGCGUCCUGCGCUGGGCAACAUCACAAACAAGUCGACGGUCAUCACCAACAAGAAAUCCAUCCUGGAGACGCAGAAAGUGGCGAGACGUGAAGACGUCAUCCGCCGAACUUCGAUUGGAACGCCCAAGAAAGUGUCGCGUGCCACGCCAGUUUUGAGCACACAUAUCUCGACGUUCAAGAUCGAGCCGAUUCUCGAAGCGGACAAUGAGUUCGACAUCGACAGCGAUGACAAAGGCGACGAGCGAUCAAUCUGGCAAUACGCUGCUGAAAUCCACAAAUACUACUUAGAGAUUGAGAAAUACCGCGUCGCGAGCCCCACGUACAUGCUUGACCAGGUCGAUGUGAACACGAAGAUGCGUUCCAUUCUCGUGGACUGGCUUGUCGAUGUCCACUACAAGUACAACUUGCUCGAGCAAACGCUGCACAUCGCAGUCAACUUGAUUGAUCGCCACUUGGAGAAGAAUCUGACCUUGCCGCGUGCGCGCCUGCAACUUGUGGGCAUCACUGCGCUGUUCAUCGCGUCCAAGUACGAGGAGAUAUACCCACCCGAGGCUGCAGACUUUGUCAAGAUCACCGACAACGCGUACACACUGACUGAAUUAUUUCAAAUGGAGGACGAGCUCCUGUCGAGCAUCGGUUAUCGCGUGACCGUUCCAACGGCGUUCCAGUUUAUGAAUCGAUUUCUCAAAGCCUCCAAGACCGCCAACACCAAGACGCAACUUCUGGCCAAUUACUUGAUCGACCGGUGUUUGCAAGAGUACAAGAUGCUGCGGUACCCUCCUUCCAUGAUUGCGGCGGCUGGGGUGUACCAUGCCCGCGUGCAAAUGGACUUGCUUCCCCACUGGUCGCCCUGUGUUGAGUACCAUUCGACGUAUUCGGUUGCCGCGAUGCGCAUGUGCCUCAAGGACAUGCAAGAAAUGAUGGAGACUGCGGCCGCCGGUGUCGCCAAAUCGAGCAAACUCACAGCCGUGACGCGAAAAUUCGCCAAAGAGAAGUUUCAAGGUGUGUCGAAAGUUCCCCUGCGAUUCCCCCACAAGGUCAAGGACGAGUUUUACGGCCCAUAGACCCGACCGCUCCGAGCCAGUUGGAAGGAGAGCCCUGUAAUCUUGAAGUAGCAUUGAUGCAAAUAUACCCAGCACAGAAUGACGCUUCGUGCCCUUCGUGCGUCUAUCGUCA